AUGAUGCAUCGAUCACUCCUCUCCCACCUGCUGCCAUGUCUCUUCUCGUCUCUGCUUGUGCUCUUAUCCUCGCCCGGCGCCGGGGCGCAGACGAGCAACCCCAAGCCGCAGACGAUCUACAUGCUCACUGCAUUCCAGGAGCAGCAGCUGUGCGUGCAGUCGUGCUUCACCUACGGCUACGGCUGCACGACCGACCUGGUGGGCAUGGCGAUCGGCUGCUCGGCCGACAGCUGCGACUUCACGUCGGCCGCGUUCGGCGCCCUGGACAGCUGCUACUGCCGCGGUGACCUGCAGCUGGCGGCCGAGAGCUACCUGACAUCGUGCAUCCAAGAGUCGUGCACCGUCGGCGACACGUCGAUCAACAUCGGGGCCGCCGUCUCCAUCUACGGCGGCUACUGCACGUCGCUGGGCUACACCGCCGUGCUCCCCGCCGACAACGUCGCCCAGACCACCGCGCCCAACAGCAACCCGUCGUCGACGAACAAUAACAAUGGCGGGGCCGCGUCGACCUCGGACAUUUUCGCCAGUAACCCGACCAGCAACAGCAACGACGGUUCCUCCUCCUCGUCGGACGGCUCCUCCAGCGGCUCCUCCUCUCCUUCCUCCGGCUCCUCUUCGUCCUCUUCCAAUACCACGACCUACAUCGUGCUCGGCGUGAUGGGCGGCUUCGCGUUGAUCCUGCUGGUGCUGGCGGGUCUGUGGUGGCGCAAAUACCGCAAGCUCAAGCGCGCCCAGGCCCAAGCUGCACAGUUCCGCUACGGCGCCGCGCCGCCCCCGAUGCACUACGGCUACAACAACAGCAACGGCAGCGGCCAGCCCCUGCGUCCGAUGGGCGGUGGUGGUUCCGAGGUCUCCUCCCACCCCUUCUUCAACCGCCAGGACGACAUCUACCCGGACGACUCGGUCUCGACCAUCCACAUGGCCCCGGCGUACCCGCACCCGAUGGAGCCGAGUCUGGUGUCGACGCAGAUGCGGUGA